AACUUAAAAUACUGUCAGUUGUAACGAGAUGUUUAAAGCUCGUAAGACUUUUUUUUGUACAAAAAAAGUCUGACACUUUUUUAGUAUUUUAUAUUCAAUAUUUUUGUUUAGUAUAUUUAAUUGUAUUAGUGGCAAUAAUCAGUAGCUGAUUGUGUCCAUACAUUGACUAUGGAUAUAAUUAAAAUGGGUUCGUGUCAAUGGAUAUUUGGCUGUUUAGUGUUGAUUUGCGCUUUCAUCCAAUUGACUGACCAAGAGGUGCUCAACCCACCUUACUUCAACAUUGCUGAGGGACGCAAGAUCCAAGCAACUGAAACUUGUGGUGAAAAAGUGGGCAAAGAGUUUUAUUGUAAAAUUAUUGGCUCCAUGUGGACAGAAAAUGUUGACUUCAAUCAAGAUCGACUUGUACUUCAGGGUCAAGCUUGUGAUUAUUGUGAUCCAAAUGAUCCAAAGAAAUCUCAUCCAGCUGAAUAUGCAAUUGACGGUUCACCUAAAUGGUGGCAAUCACCUCCAUUAUCAAGAGGGCCUGAUGCAAGUCGAGUUAAUUUAACAAUUGAUUUAGGACAAGAAUUCCAUGUAGCAUAUGUUUAUAUUACAAUGGCAAACUCGCCUAGACCAGGCGUCUGGGUUCUUGAAAGAUCAACUGAUAAAGGAUCAACGUUUAAACCUUGGAUGUAUUUUGCUGAUUCACGAGAAGAAUGUAUUAAACAGUUUGGCGAAGAAAGUGUCCAACCAUUGGUUAGAGAUGAUCAAGUAAUUUGUGAGACAAAAUAUUCAAAACUAAUUCCACUGGAAAAUGGUGAGAUGGUUAUAUCGCUAUUAACUAAUCGACCAAAUGGAGACAAUUUUACCAGUUCAGAAGUUCUUCAGGAAUUCACCAAAGCAACUAAUGUUCGACUUCGAUUUAUUAGACCACAAACAACGUUUGGACAUUUAUGGAAUGUUGAUCAAACAGUAACUCGUCGUUAUUUUUACAGUAUUCGGGAAAUUAACCUCGGAGGUCGAUGUGUAUGUAAUGGUCAUGCCGAGACUUGUGAUGUUAUAAAUCAAACUCAACCAGAUAAAUUAUAUUGUGCCUGUCAACACAAUACUGCUGGAGCUCAGUGUGAAAGAUGUAAACCGCCUUACGUUCAGAAACGUUGGAGACCUGCAACUUCUAGCAAUCCAUUUGAGUGUGAAGAAUGUAAUUGUAAUAAUCAUUCGAAACAAUGUGAAUUUGAUUUUGAUGUUGAAAGAAACAAGGAGUCUAUGGAUAUUCAUGGUAAAUAUGAAGGUGGAGGUCGCUGUAUUGCAUGUGAUCACAAUACUAUGGGAGUCAAUUGCCAUGAAUGUAAAUUUGGUUACUAUCGACCCGAAGGCCGAGCUCUUAAUGCAACAAAUGUUUGCGUUAAAUGCAGUUGCUCCAAGACCAGUCAAACUGGUGGGUGUAAUGUAGGUACAGGAAUUUGUCAAUGCAGAGACAACUUUACCAAUGCACCAGCAUGCGACAGAUGUGCCUAUGGUUAUUACAAUGAACCUGAUUGUCCUCGGUGUCCUUGUUAUCGUAAUGGUACAUUGGGUGACAUUUGUGAUCCAGAAAAUGGUCAAUGUGUAUGCAAAGACCCUUAUUCUGGUUCUGAUUGUUCAUCUUGUGCUGCUGCUUAUUGGGGAUUCCCUGAAUGUCAACGAUGCAACUGUGAUCAAUCUGGUUCCGUUUCUCCAAACUGUAAUUCAACCGAUGGCCAAUGUACUUGUCUGAAACAAUUUUCUGGUCGUCAAUGUAACUCUUGUUCAAUUGGGUUCUUCGGUUAUCCCGAUUGUCAGGCUUGUAAUUGUAAUCCAUUGGGAACCACUGAAGACAUUUGUGAUCAAAGUAACGGUGUGUGUAAAUGUCGACCCGGUUUUGGUGGGGAAAGGUGUGAUGAAUGUGAACCAGGCUUUUUUGGUUUCCCUGAUUGUAAACCUUGUGCUUGUGAUUCAAUUGGAUCGCUCAAUCAAACUUGCAACAAGGAUGGUAAAUGUUUAUGUGCCUCUCAUUACGGUGGAUCAAAAUGUAACCAGUGUAGUCCUGGUUUCUUUGAUUUCCCCAAAUGCGAACCUUGUGGAUGUGAUCCUGCCGGUUCGUAUGGUACCACCUGUCAAAAUGGCAUUUGUCAGUGUCGGGAAAACUUUGAAGGAAUCAAAUGUAACAAGUGUAAGAAAAAUUAUUACAAUUAUCCAACCUGUGAAAGCUGUAGCUGUAACCCAGCCGGAGUUGCUCCCAAUUUUCCUGGUUGCUCUGAAAUAAUGUCUGGUAAAUUAUGCGAAUGUAAAGAGCGAGUAACUGGCCGUUAUUGUGAUACUUGCGCCCCUCACUAUAAAAAUUUACGAGCUUCCAAUCCGGCCGGUUGUGAGCCUUGUCGAUGUAACCGAGCUGGUUCAAUCAAUGGUUUGGAUUAUUGUGACGGUGAAUCUGGUCAAUGUGUUUGUAAAGAAUCAGUUUCUGGGUUAGCUUGUGAUCGGUGUUCUUAUGGUUCUUAUGCUCUAUCAGUCGGUAACUACCUCGGCUGUGUUCCUUGUGAUUGUGAUGUUGGUGGUUCAUGGCGUGGCGUUUGUGACCAAAGAACUGGUUCAUGUCAAUGUAAAUUCAGAAUUGAGGGCCGUCGAUGUGAUCGCCCACAAAAAGCUCAUUACUUUUACACAACUUAUCAAUAUCUUUAUGAACUAGAGGAUGGUCGAGGUGAAUAUCAUAAUGUACGUUAUGAUUACAAUGAAACCAUUUUCCCUGGAUUCUCAUGGAAAGGUUAUGUCAACUUCCCGGACCUUCAAAAGAAGGUUAUAAUUGACUUUGUCAUUAUUCGAUCAUCAUUUUACCGAGUCAUAUUCAACUACCACAACCCAGGAACAGAACCGAUUGUUGGAAAUUUAACUCUAUCUAAUGAAAAUGAACCUCCUCAACACAUAAAGUUAGUCUUUCCACCGACAACCAAACCUAAAAGAUAUUUGGUUCCGAUGGACAAAGCUUCUCCUCUCUACCUUUUUGCUGCCCAACGACCAUGGAAAGCAAUUUUAACUGGUGAGGAACCACUUUUAGUCGAUUACAUUGUUUUCCUACCUCAAGCUUAUUUUGAAGCGACCAUUCUUCGAGAAAAUGUCACAGCAGCUUGCACCAUUUCCACUGCCAAUUAUCAACUUUGUAGACAUUAUGGAUACACCAAGUUCCCCGCAACGGCAGUCACUUAUCCAAAAGAUGCUACUUACAACAACUUGCUUCAAGACACAAAAGACUCAUUUUUAAUCGAUGCCACUCUAUUAUCUGACCAGGAUCGGGAACACAUUUUUGACUUGGAAAUUGAAAAGUCGCAAAAAUAUGUUCUCAUUUUGAAUUAUGUUUACCGAGUAACUAAUCCACCACCAAAGGGACAAGUGGCCAAAUUGACGGUUGAAGUCAACACUCUUAAUGGAACGGUAAAUAUUCCCUUCCAAGUACCGAUGUGUCAAUAUACCUUUUCCUGUCGACACAUCGUUUUGAAUGAAAAAGCAGCUCCUGUUGAAUUUCAUCUUGAAUCUGGAUCACCUUCAGUCAGUGUUAAACUAAACAAUGAAAUUGGUGAAGCUACUUUUGGUAUUUUAGGUUUAGUAUUUUUACCUAAAAAUGAUUGGCACAUUGACCAUGUUAAACCAUCAUUGAUAUGUGUGAUGCGCAAUUUGACCUGUUUGGAUAUGUCAUUUGAUGCAAAUACCGAUGCAACUAAAAUCCCAUUCGGACUUCAAGGGAAGGUUGUUCCAGCUUCAAAUGGAAGUCCCGAAACUCAAGAUCGAAAUGUUGAUUUGGUUGGAACUGCACCAAGAACACAAAAUUAUCAACUAAUUGUUCACUAUUAUCAACCCGAUCAUCCAUCAUUCGAUAUCGAGUUGACUUUCCAAAGAACACCAACUUCCCCAUCAGAACAAGCAACACUUAGCAUUGCUCAUUGUCCAAGUAAAAGUGGAUGUAGAUCCAUUGUCAAGUUUAAGAAGCCACUUGGAGUGUUAGAGGAAGGCAAAGAGUUUACUCUAAUUUUGAUUCCACCCAAAGAUCGAGGUGUUACCCUCGACUAUUUACUUCUAACUGCUGAAAAGUCAUUCUCAUCAAAUCAACUUGAUCUUCCAGUUGUUGAUAGAUCAACCGAAUUCCUUCGCAACUGUGUUCAAGAUGCUUUUUACAUUGACGAUUCUUCUACCGAAUUUUGUAAACAAGCUUUAUUCACGUUGACCACUGGACACAACAACGGGGGUGCCUUUUGUGGUUGUAAUAUAACAGGAUCGAAAGGGUACACAUGUAAUCCUCUUGGAGGUCAAUGUGACUGUAAACCCAAUGUAAUUGGAAGGGAAUGUAAAGCUUGUCGAUCCGAAUACUUUGGUUUCCCUGAUUGUAAGCCAUGUAAUUGUAAAGCCAAAAAUGCUGCUUAUUGUGAACCAGUUACUGGUGAAUGUGUUUGCCCAAAGAACGUUGUCGGAGACAAUUGUGAUCGAUGUGCUCCAUUAACCUUUGGCUAUGAUUCCAGAAUGGGUUGCGAAGAGUGCAAUUGCCAUUCAAUUGGAGUUAAAGACGGUAAUCUUCAGUGUGACUUGCAAACUGGUAUUUGUGAUUGUAAGGAAAAGUACGAUGGUCGAGCUUGUGAUCUUUGUAAACCGGGUUACUUUGAUUUCCCUACUUGUCGUGUUUGUGCUUGUCAUGCUGAAGGAACAACAUCCGAUAUUUGUGACCGUAAAUCAGGAACUUGUUAUUGUAAGGAAAACACUCUCCGUCCAAAUUGUGAUGUUUGUAGGAGAGGAACUUAUAACCUGGAAAAAAAUAACCCACAAGGUUGUACCAAAUGUUUCUGUUUCGGAACUACCGAAAACUGUCGAAGCUCUGAGAUGAGGAUUGCUCCAGUCAAAGUAGACAACUAUUCAAAUUGGACUGCUGUUGGAAUAUCAUUUAGUGAAUCUGGAAUGCGUUUCAGUUCCAUUGACACUGAAUCAAGCUCAACUGAAGCAGAAUUCAAAAUGAAACCAGUCGCUUUUACCCGUGGAGAUCAGAGCGAUGUUCAACCAAGUUCUGACGCUAGAAGUAACAUUUACUUUAAAUUGCCAAAAGAAUUCCUCGGAAAUCGAAUAACUUCAUACGGCGGUUUCAUUCAAUAUGUGGUAAAUGAACUGCCUUCAGGGUCCUCUUCAGUCGAUACUCCAAUCACACCUGAUAUUAUUUUAACUGGACGCAAUGAUUCAAUUUCACUGACUCGUGAUGAACAACCUGAAUCUGCUGGUAACUCGCAAAAGAUUGAGAUCGAACUUUUAGAGACCAAAUUUGUCCAUCUGCUUGAUUCGACGCCAGUUAGUCGAGCACAGUUCAUGACUCUACUUGUUGAUUUACAGUCUGUUUACAUUCGAGCUUCUUAUUUCUCUCCAGUCGAGUUUGUUUCAAUCACCAAUUUCACCUUUGAUUCAGUUUCUAAUGAAGCAAGUCCUGAUGCACCAUUAGCUCUUCGUGUUGAACAGUGCAUUUGUCCACCAAAUUAUCGAGGAAGCUCAUGUGAGGAGUGUGCUAGUGGUUAUUAUCGAGUUCCAACUGGACCAUAUCUUGGUUCAUGUAUUCCUUGCGAAUGUAAUGGCCAUUCAAAUGAAUGUGACCCAUUGACAGGAAAAUGUUUCAAUUGUCAACAUGAAACAACCGGUGAUCACUGUGAGUUGUGUAAAUCAGGUUAUUACGGAAAUGCAACAAUUGGAAAGCCCGACGAUUGUUUAAUGUGUCCUUGUCCAUUACCAAACAAUUUCGCUGAUUCCUGUGAAAUCCGAACCAAUGCUCGACUUCAAGCAGAAUGGAAUUGUAACUGUAAACCUGGUUAUAGUGGGCAAUUAUGUGAGUUCUGUGCGGCUGGUCACUUUGGUUAUCCAAUGCUUGCUGGCAACUACUGUCAACCAUGCAACUGUAAUGGUAACACCGAUCCAACAGAUCCUGGUUCAUGUGACUUGUAUUCAGGCGAAUGUACCAAAUGUCUCAACUAUACUGCCGGUAAAUCUUGUGAGUAUUGUGCUGAUGGCUAUUAUGGAGAUGCUAUUGAACUUAAAGAUUGCCGACCUUGCGAGUGUGACGAAACUGGUACAGCAGUUUGUGAUAGAUAUUCUGGAAAAUGUGAAUGCCAUCCUAAUGUUGUUGGUAAGUUCAUUGAUUUAUGCAAAUCGAAUAUAAAGUGUGAAAAAUAUUCAGAGAGUGUUUGUAACCAACAAACUGGAAAAUGCGAAUGUUUACCCGGAGUUGUUGGUGAAAAGUGUGACAAAUGUCGGCGUUGGGUAUUUGUCGAUCGUGAAGGUUGCCUCGAGUGUGGUGAAUGUCAACACGCUCUUCUUAACGACACCGAUGCAUUGGAAAAUGACAUUAUGCCAAUCGUCAAUGAAUUUAGCAACUCUUCAUCCGGUAUUCACGCAAAGAAAGCGUUCCUCACUUUGAAUAACACAGUCACUGAAUUUAACAAACAGUUGGCACAAAUUAUCGAAGGAUCUAAAACAAUUGACCUGACUCCUCUUGAAACCGAAAUGACUAAAAUAACAAACGCAUCCGACAAUUUACCAGCAUGGCAAGAUCGUCUUUCUCGUCUAGCUGCUGGAGUUGUCAUCAAAGUGGAUGAAACCAAAGAAAAUGCAACACUGAUUCGACGCCUAAUCAAAAAGGUCAAGUCAGAUGUUCAGCUAUUGUUUGAACAAUUGGAUAACGUCGACUAUAAAUAUAACACUCAAGCUGAUGAAGAAAGCAUUAAGUUUAUGAUAACUAAAGCAGAAGAAAACAAAAACGCAGUCGAAAGGUUUGGUGCCUUUACAAAUGCUCUGAAAACAGUUGCUAAUGAAACAGAGUCAACAAUGGUUGUUUUGGACAGAGUUGAAGAUUACAUUGCUCCUUAUGUUAAUGAAAAGGCCACUUUGAAUGAAUCUGAAUCACGAUUGGAUCAACUUGAAACCAUUUUAACUGAUGCUAAUGAAAAGAUAGUUUCUGCAAUGACUAUUGCUUUGGAUGUACAACGAGGGUUGAAUCGAAGUCGGGAAGCUGUUAAAGAAGCUAUUGUUCCUCGAAGUAGCUCAUUGAAAAAUCUAGACUCGGCAAUAUCUGCAAACUUGAAAGAAGCCAAAACUAGAAUUGAUUCAUCUGAACCCAUCAUGAAAGAAGCUUCUGGUUCCUUUGAUUCUUUAGUAGAAAUUUCUAAUCGUAUUAAUGGGAAAAAAGAUUCUCUUGAAAAGCUCAACCCUGAAGAUGUUCAAGAAACAGAACUACUUGAGAUCGUGAAGAAAGCAGGUCAACAUGCAUCCAGUUUGAAUCGUACUGCCACCGAUCUUGAUUUCAUUUUCAUGGAGGCCAUUAGACAAGGUGAUCUCAACCGAACAAUGAGAGCUGCUACUGCUUAUGAAGUUAUUGAAAACUCGAUUGAAUCUGCCGAGAAAUCAAUGAACAAUGUUAUUAGUCGCACGGCCGAGAAACCAUGGGAAGGAAUACGAGAUAAAAUAUCUGCAACUCGAUCAGCCAGUACUGGAAAUCGAACCGAAGCAAGUGCUCUCAGAGCUAAUAUUUUAAAUAACGGAGCAACCAGAUUGAGCCAAUUCAAUGAGACUAUCCGUUCGAGAGGUAUUGAGAGCGGAUCACAAGGUGAACAAUUGAAGAAAAUUGAUGAAGAUUUAGCGUCAAUUGAGAUCUCAACUACACCCGAUUCGAGUCGCGAAGUGAUGGAAAUUGCUGAAGCAAGUAUCUUUCAGGCAAACAAGGUUUCCGAACGAGUUGAUAAACUGAUUGAUGAAAUAAAUUCCUUGUCAAAUGCAACUAAACAAUUAACAGAAGCUGAGAGGAAAGCUUUCAUUGAUAUCCAUGAAAGUACAUCAAUGACUUCAUUGUACGGAGAAAGAGGGAUUGGACAAAAGAUUCGUGAUGCAAUGGAAAGAGUUACUAAAAUGGUUAAUUCACUUAAUUCAUCAAAAAAUGAAUUAAAGAAAUUGAAAGAUUCGGUGGUUAAAGCUCGAGACAUGGCAAAUCGAAUUGAUGUAGCAAUGAGAUUGGGAAUUGGAUCAUUUGGUGAAUUAAGAAAGCCUGAAAAUUUAGAUUCUUCAGGAAGUUACAACAAAUUAUCGCUCAACUUUGCCUCCAUUUAUCCUGAUGGACUCCUUGCUUUUGUUGGUAAUGCUAGACGAACUGACAGUCGCCAAGCUCGUCAAACAACUCAAAUUCGUGAGACUACAGAUGAUUACAUGGCUCUUAUGCUCAGUGAUGGAAAGGUUAGAGUUGUUUUAGAUUUGGGAAGUGGACCGCAAUCCUUAGAAACUGAGGCCAAAGUAAACGAUGGACAUUGGGUUAACUUGAUUGUUGAAAGAAUCGGGAAAACAUUGAAGAUUACCGUAAACAAGGACGAAAAAGAGAUUGUCACUCAUGGUCACAUUGACGGCUUCUCUUCAGUACUUGAUUUGAACAAUGAACGAUCAAGAAUAUUUAUUGGUUUGAUUCCAAAUAAUUAUGUUGUUCCCGAUACAAUUAAAGUAAACGGUUUCAAUGGUUCCCUGGCUUAUAUUACCUUAGGUGAUAUGCCAUUAGGUUUGCUUAACUUCCAAAGGGCAUACUUCAUCAGCGGUGAUUCCUUACCCAAUCAACCCCAAGUGAAAGGCGUCCAUUUCAAUGGCAGAGGAUGGGCUUCAACCCAAAUCGAAACUGAAAAGUUGUCGCAAAUCACCAACAUUGUUUUGACGAUUAAAACUUAUGCUCGCUCUGGUUUAAUAAUGUUACUUUCUGGACAAAGUGAUUACCUCGCUAUCCAACUAGAUGAUGGUAAACCCAAAGCUAUUAUUGAUUUGGGAAGUGGUUAUGUGUCCAUCACGCACACUGAUAAAGUUAAUGACGGCUUGGAACAUACAAUUUCCUUUUCUCGUAAAUUCAAAGAUAUAACUUUGGGUGUUUCUGGUGGAGAGAUUAUGUCUGCCGAAACGAGCGGUUCACAGGCAACCUUUGAGCUUGACCCAACUCUUUAUAUUGGUGGACAUCCUGAUAAACAUAACCUUCCUGAAGUCACUGAUAUUCCGUAUGAAGGUUGCUUCAAUGAGCUUUCUAUUGAAGCCAAGUUGAUUGAGCUUGGUAACUCUACCAUGAUGCCGGGAGUAACGGUUGGCUGUCUUGAUUCAGGUGUUAGAGAAGCUGUCUUUGAACCAAACUCACCGGGUUACAUCGCAAUGCCAUUGAGCAUUGAAAUUGUUGAAAGUGUUCAAAUAUCUUUCAAAUUCAGGACCAAUGUUUCAAAUGGUUUACUAUUCUUUGCUGCCAAUCCUGACAAACCAGAAGAUUCAUUCCUUGCCAUCUACAUUUCUGAUGGCACCCUGGCAUUAACAGCUCAUCCAGGUCGAACAAUCAAAUCAUCAGGACUUCGUUAUGAUGACAAUGAAUGGCAUUAUGUAAUGGCAACAAAGAAUGCUUAUCAACUUCGAAUGGACAUUGAUGAUAGAACUGAAAUUAACUUUGAUCUAAUUGAACCCGUUAACUUGAAUAUACCAUCAGGAACUUUCUAUCUUGGUGGAGCGCCAGAAAACUUUAUCUCGACUCUUACGUCCAAUGGAAUUGCUGAUAAAUUUAUUGGCUGCUUGGGCGAUGCUGUUGUUCAUGAUAAAUUCCAAGAUCUCAGGAAAGCAUCCAAAGUAACAGGAGCCACUUUAGUUACAUGUAAAGUGAUAAGUGACGGUAAACCACGAGAAAUAGUUAUGCCGGUCGUCACUGAUGCACCAACCACAACAACUGCACUAACACCCAUAACUCCUGAAACACCUUCAGUCUGUGCUUUACCUUUUAAGAGCAUCGACACAUCCAUGACUGUAGCUUCAGAUGGCCGUCGCUUUGGUACUUCAUAUUACUCUAGAGUUGAACUCAAAAUUGGCUCUGAUAUAAUUGGUUCUUUCGUCACUGAAUCAACUGUAACCCUUGAGUUCCGAUCAACUCCAGCCCUCAGUUUCAACUCUGCCGAACCACUGAGUGGAAUUUUAUUCUUCCUCGCUGAUGCUCAAUAUGUCGAUCUAUUUGUACUCUACAUGAAACAAGGUAAACUUCACUUUGCCUGGAAUGCUGGAAGUGGCUUGGCAACUAUACGAGGUGGUGCUCUUGACUGGAACAUGGAUGAUGGUAAAUGGCAUAAAGUUACUUUUGGUGUUAAAAUGAAACAAGGUAAAUUGGCCCACGAAAACGGCCAGUUUGUCACUGGCACUUCACCUGGAAGCUCACAAAACCUAAACAUAAUCUCUCCAGCUUACAUUGGUGGCUUGCCUCCAAAUGCUGCCGAUCGAAUCCGAGUUUUACUACAAAAUGUAACCAGUUCCUUCCCUGGUUGCAUCCGCAAUGUUGUCAUUGGUAAAACCAAAUUCAACUUGGAAGACAGUGAAGCUUCAAAUGGCCACAAAUUCAUCAACACCCCGACUUGCUCAGACAAACUUGAAAGAGGAACCUUUUUCACUGGUCAAAAUAGUUAUCUUUCUUGUUAUGAUAGAUUCAAGGUUGGAAGCAAUGUUGUCAUAAGUUUCAUGGUAAAACCAAGGAAUGUUAGCUCACUUCUCUUAGCUUCAUUCGGCCAGCCCGAUGAAAAGAACCGCAUAACUGAUUAUCUAAUUGCUAAACUAGUCGAUGGAGUAAUUAUAGUAACUGUUGAUAAUGGUGAAGGGGCUAAAGACUCUGAGAUUAAAAUGCGAGGCGAUUACGCGUCCAUCUGUAAUGGCGAUUGGCAUACAAUUAAAAUUACUAAACUACAAAAUGCUCAUUUCGUUACCGUCGAUGAUGAAAGUAAUGUUGCUGUUUUUACUCCGGGUGGUGUUAAUGUAGCCGAUACUUUGACUCCACUCUACUUGGGUGAUGUUCCAGACAAUUACCGACGUAUCUUCCCUGACCUGCCGCCACCUUAUAUUGGAUGUAUCAAGGAUAUUGAAAUUUCAAGACCGAUGAGCCAAGCAAAUAGUCUUCGGACUGAUACUUUUGUAGAUUGUGAAAACUCAGGAGCUACGGUGGAACUUUGUCCGACAAUUUAAUCACCUUAAUUUUCUAAUUAAACACAAUUUUCAUAAAUCCAUUGUAAAUUUAAAUCCAUAAAUAACUUCACCUUUGCAUUUGCAGUAAACUACUUAAUCUGUUUUAAACUCAAUACCAAUGUGCACUUUUGUUGAGUUGACAAUUGCCGACCAAGGAUAAAAGAGUCAUUUUUAUGCUAAGUUUGCUUCUGUUAAUCAACUUGAUCAAUUGAAACUUUUUAAUCAACAUUCUAAACCAAAAGAAUUGAAUUUAAAACAAAAGGUUGACAAAUGUAUUGAGUAUUUUACUGUAUAAAUUGUAAUUCUAGAAAACUUUUAUUGUUAUUAUAUAUUGCCAACAUAAUUAA